AUGCCGUACCGAUCGUCGUCUUCGCCCGCAGACAUCGGGCUCUCCAAGUCCGAGUACGAGGACGCCGUCAACUUGGAAAAGUUGUAUUUCCUUGCGAAUAAAAAUGACCGCUGCGCAAACUGCGGUCGCGGGGGUGUGUCGGCUGUGGACGUUUCGAGGUACGAGUUCCUCUGUUCCAGUUGCUGCAGCGGCAAGAGCUCUGUGAAGAGAAUUGGUGAAGACCGGUUUUCCUCUUUCGAGGUGAACAAAUUGCACGCGAGAUUCGACAGAAACACUCACAGAGGCCGAUCUGCAGCCUCGUAUUCGCGAAGCGGAACAUCCGGAAGUGGAGGCGCGCGAAGGAGCGACCGUCGAGGAGAGAGACGCAGCAGCCACCGUCCUCCCGUCCCAGAACUCUCCGAAGGAAGCGAGUCGGAUUCUGGAGAUGAUUCCCCGCCGCCCCCGCGUCGGAGUCGCUCCAUGCCCCGAGGGUCUGUACGGUCGCCGCGUCAUUCUUACCAGCGAAGCUCGUCGCAUCGUCCAGAUCCGUUUGACACUUUUGAAGAGGCCAGCAACGCGAGUUGGGGCGGACCGGCUCAGGCCGCCGCACCGGCUUGGGGAGUCGAUUUCGGGUCCAGCCAGGGGGCGGCCCAGAGGGCUCCGCAGGUGGGCCUCGGGGGCCAGGGGACCUCCCCCGCGGGGAUGCUAGGUCUAGCUCCCGUGGCGCCUGCUCCCUCUUUCGGGCAGGGGUUCCAGUUUCCGGGCAUGGCUGGAAUGGGGAACCCCGCGUUCAUGGGAGCCGCUCAGGGUGCAAGCCCUCAGGCUUGGGGCCAGAACGCCUUCCUCGCGUCGCAGUACCAGGCGAUGCUGCGGCCGCAGUUCCCCGGGGCGGCCGGGCGAGAUGCGGGCGUCGCGUUUCCGGGAUCUGGGCCCACCGCCCAACCCCCAGGCAUGAUGGGGCAGAGUCCGAACUACCUGCUCGCUGGAGCAGCGGGUCCCAUGCGCCCCACGUCCCCUAUGAACUUCCCAGGGCCUCAGGCCCAGCCGGGCCAGCGCGGAGUGAAUCCUUUCUUGACCAUGGGCGCGGGACAGCAGGCGACCCACCCUGGGACCUCGCCCUUCCAGGCUUUUCAUCCCACAGGCGCUACCCAAGUGGGGGGCAACGCGAUGGGAGGUGCUCCGAUGAAUCCUUUCCUCUCGGUGCAGAAGCCGUCGACGGCGACUGGGGGCCUGGGAGACGGGGGCAUGUUUGGAGGAACCAGCCUCGACUUUGCGUCGCAACACCAGACCCAGCACAUGCGACAGCAGGGACCGGGCGCAGCCGGCGUUGUGCACUUUGGGGGAGGCCCUCCAGCGGCGCCCAACCCGUUCAGCAGCAUGGGCGUGGCCACUCCGCAAAGAUCGAUGGCCCUUACGAACGAGGCGAGGCCCGGAGGCGGUGUGGGCGGGAACCCGUACAACACGUCCCUGUGGUAAUGGUUUCUGACAAAUCUCCUUCUUGUUGUAUAUAUAUAUAUAUAUAUAUAUAUGCAUAUAUAAAUACGCAAGUCGGCAAUACGGGCCGUUUUUCCUAUCAGGUAUUUAUCACCGUUCCCUGUAUGAUGCACUUCGUUUCGUGGAGCAGAGACAGCGUUGAGGGGACCGGCCCGUCUGGCACGAAACACAAAGCAGACAAGGUGUGGAUUGAGAGAGUAA